CGUGCGAGGCUGUCGAAGAAUCAAGUCUGUAGAAGUGGAGCGGCCGCGGCGAGCAGCAGCAGCGACAACCUAGGCGGCGGAGCUGAGGCGGGCUAGGCGCUGACGCGGGCGCUGGAGAGCAGCGACGCCAGGAGCUGUGAGAGAGCGGCAGAGCGACCCGGGGCCCGCGCCGCGCCCGAGCUUCACGCCGCUCGGCCACCGCCGCCGCCUCGGCGCGGCAUGCCCCGCCGCUCGGGCUGAGCCUGCUCCGGCGGCCGCCCCCCGGCCCCGGCCCCCGCCCCCCCCGCGUCCUCCCCGCCCCCCGCCCCGCACUCCGUGCCGGCCACCGCCGCCGCCGCGACCUGCUGCGCUUCCCCGCGUCCGCGCGGCCCGUCUUCGCCCCGGUCUGGAGGCCCGCCGCGGCCCCGGCCGAGCCCCCGCCGCGCCGCCCCGCCGCGCCGCCCGCCCGCGCCCGCCACCGCGCCGGCCGGGGGGACCUGCUGCCGCGGCUGCAGCCCCUCGCGCCGCGCCCGCCGCCCCUCGUGCACCGGGGGCGCUGCGCGGGCGCCGAGCCUUCGCGGGCUUUGCCGCCGCCGCCGCCGCCUCUGCGGCCGCCGCCGCCACUGGUGGGGGAGACGCGGGGUUGGGGGGGGAGGAGGGCUCGCGCGGUGCCGGCGGGGGGCGGCGGGGCCCCCUCCUCCUCCUCCUCCACCUCCACCUCCUCCUCCUCCCCCGGCGCCGCGGGCUCCUCGGACAUGGCCGCGGCGGUGGCGGUGGCGGCCGCGUCCCGGCGGCAGUCGUGCUACCUGUGUGACCUGCCCCGCAUGCCCUGGGCCAUGAUCUGGGACUUCACCGAGCCCGUGUGCCGCGGCUGCGUCAACUACGAGGGCGCCGACCGCGUCGAGUUCGUCAUCGAGACGGCGCGGCAGCUCAAGCGGGCGCACGGCUGCUUCCCGGAGGGCCGCUCCCCGCCCGGCGCCGCGGCCCCGGCCGCCGCCAAGCCGCCGCCGCUCUCGGCCAAGGACAUCCUCCUGCAGCAGCAGCAGCAGCAGCUCGGCCACGGCGGCCCCGAGGCGGCCCCUCGCGCAGCGCAGGCCCUGGAGCGCUACCCUCUGGCGGCCGCGGCGGAGCGACCUCCGCGCCUCGGCUCCGACUUCGGCGGCAGCCGCCCGGCUGCGGGCCUGGCCCAGCCUCCGACGCCGCAGCCGCCGCCUGUGAACGGCAUCCUGGUGCCCAACGGCUUCUCCAAGCUGGAGGAGCCGCCCGAGCUGAACCGCCAGAGCCCGAACGCGCGACGCGGCCACACCGUGCCGCCCACCCUGGUGCCGCUUAUGAACGGCUCCGCCACGCCGCUGCCCGCCGCGCUCGGCCUCAGCGGCCGCGCCGCCGCCUCCCUGGCCGCCGUGUCUGGAGCCGCGGCCGCCGCUGGCCUGGGCUCAGCGCAGCCCGCGGAGCUGGGCGCCCACAAGAGGCCGGCCUCUGUGUCGAGCAGCGCAGCCGUGGACCACGAGCAGCGGGAGGCGGCAGCCAAGGAGAAGCAGCAGCCGCCGCCGCCACCGCCCGCGCACCGGGGCCCGGCCGACAGCUUGUCCACCGCGCCCGGGGCCGCCGAGCUGGGCGCCGAGGGCGCAGGCAAGGGCCGCGGGCCCGGAGAGCAGGACUGGGUCAACAGGCCCAAAACCGUGCGCGACACGCUGCUGGCGCUGCACCAGCACGGCCACUCGGGGCCCUUCGAGAGCAAGUUUAAGAAGGAGCCGGCCCUGACUGCAGGCAGGUUGUUGGGUUUCGAGGCCAACGGGGCCAACGGGUCUAAAGCAGUUGCAAGAACAGCAAGGAAAAGGAAGCCCUCUCCAGAGCCAGAAGGUGAAGUCGGGCCCCCUAAGAUCAAUGGAGAGGCCCAGCCAUGGCUGUCCACGUCCACCGAAGGGCUCAAGAUCCCCAUGACUCCCACGUCCUCUUUUGUGUCUCCACCACCACCCACUGCCUCACCUCAUUCCAACCGGACCACACCGCCUGAAGCGGCACAGAAUGGCCAGUCCCCGAUGGCAGCCCUAAUCUUAGUAGCAGACAAUGCAGGGGGCAGUCAUGCCUCGAAAGAUGCCAACCAGGUUCACUCCACUACCAGGAGGAAUAGCAGCAGUCCACCUUCUCCGUCCUCUAUGAACCAAAGAAGGCUGGGCCCCAGAGAGGUGGGGGGCCAGGGGGCAGGCAGCACAGGAGGACUGGAGCCAGUGCACCCUGCCAGCCUCCCGGACUCCUCUUUGGCAGCCAGUGCCCCGCUGUGCUGUACCCUCUGCCACGAGCGGCUGGAGGACACCCACUUUGUGCAGUGCCCGUCCGUCCCUUCGCACAAGUUCUGCUUCCCUUGCUCCAGACAAAGCAUCAAACAGCAGGGAGCUAGUGGAGAGGUCUAUUGUCCCAGUGGGGAAAAAUGCCCUCUUGUGGGCUCCAAUGUCCCCUGGGCCUUUAUGCAGGGGGAAAUUGCAACCAUCCUUGCUGGAGAUGUGAAAGUGAAAAAAGAGAGAGACUCGUGACUUUUCGGUUUCAGAAAAACCCAAUGAUUAUCCUUAACUAAAACUGCUUGAAUUGUAUAUAUAUCUCCAUAUAUAUAUAUAUCCAAGACAAGGGAAAUGUAGACUUCAUAAACAUGGCUGUAUAAUUUUGAUUUUUUUGAAUACAUUGUGUUUCUAUAUUUUUUUGACGACAAAAGGUAUGUACUUAUAAAGGCAUUUUCUUCUUUUGUUAACGUUAUUAGCAUAUCUUUGUGCUUUAUUAUCCUGGUGACAGUUACCGUUCUAUAGGCUGUGACUUGCGCGCUGCUUUUUUAGAGCACUUGGCAAAUCAGAAAUGCUUCUAGCUGUAUUUGUAUGCACUUAUUUUAAAAAGAAAAAAAAAAGCCAAAUACAUUUUCUGACAUUGUAAGAUUGCCUUACUGUCUGUUAUUCCUUAUUGCUGGCCCCCUUCUCAGGCCGGAGGCCAGUUGGUGGAGAAGGAAAGGAGAUGAGUGAUGAAAGGGGCACUGUUGGCAAGUGGGCAUGCCACUGGAAACAUCACCAGGUUACCCCAAAACGUCGUCCUCUCAGAGGAAUAGGCAAAUGGAUUUUUAAUCUCUCUGUUUUGUUCUUAAAGUUCAGUUCUUGGGAUAUCGAUGACAGUCUGAGAGGUGUUGCUGAGAGAUUUUUAGGAUUGUGUGGCUUUUGGGGGUGAGGGGUAGUUUUUUUUUUUUUUUUUUUUUUUUUUUUUUUAAGGCAAAGUUGACCGCUGUUCACUGUCCACGUGAUCAGUUGUAAGAUUACAAUGCUGCAUGCUAGUUGGUUACAUAAUACACAGUUCCAGUGAUGGGAGGCGGUUAGAAUGGAUGGUGGUGUGCACAAGAUGGCACUGCCAUCUUUGAGCAGAGCCUGGCUCUGCAGCGCCACUUCAUCUCUAAACACCCUAGAGCUCUGUUUGUUGUUGCUGUUGUUUCCUUUGAAGGAGUCCUGAGAGAAGUUACAGUCCAGGUGAACUUGGAGAUUGUGGGAUUGGUUUUGUUUCUGUUUUGUGUUUUGUUUUGUUUUUUUAUCAUUUACCUGUAGUGCUAUUGCUGUUGAUACUAUCACCUACACCCUGUUUCUAGUGAGUGCUAAAUACAGUAUGGUACAAUGACAGUAACAGCCGCCGUGGUGCUGCCAGGACUGCCCGUGGGCAUAUCAGUGACAGCCCGAAUGUGGGUGGAGGAAGCCUGUAAUUUCCUUCUUACAUGUAUUUGAAAUAUCAACUGAAUAAUACUGUUCUGGGGGAAAAAGUGAUAAACUAGUGAAAAUGAAAGAAAUUAAGGGUUUUUACAUAAUAGACAGGCCCCACCUCUCAAACUAUUUUUAGAAGCCUUUUGUAAACUAAUUUCUUUUGAUCACUAUUUUGCAUCAGUAAAAUGAUUUUUUAAACCAAUAAAUCAUCAGUUACUAGAAAUAGUUGUCUCACAGUGAUACUGGUUUUUCUUUUGUGCUGUUAUGAUUUAACAUUGACAGGAACACUUAAAUCCUUAGGUUCAGGUGUUUGUAACUUGGCCUUCUAAUUAGGCUGGAUCAUGGUUUCUAGGUCUACUACAGUUUAUGUGUAUCAUUCAGAGACUAACUUCUGUUUCAAGUUGAAAACAGGUUAUUAUUACAAACCUUGAGUUCUUUUUUAGUUACAUGUUUAUCUUUUUUUUUUAAUUUGCUAAAAUAUUUUUUAAUGGUCAAGUUACUAACACUUGCAAAUCAGAUACUGCACCAAAUACAGUAUUUUCUCGUAGUGUUUUUAAUGAGUGCACCUAUUGAUGCCGUGCAAAUUCAUGUUACCGGUCAUUGUUAUAUUAACAGACAGACUUGCAUGAGUAGCCAGUUUGUUGUUACACCUUCUGUUUUUAAAAUUGGAGUAUAUAUGAUUCAGAUCAGACUGGUCUCUUUUAUGUGAAUACACACAUGCAAAAACACAGAGUCAGUUUUACAUACCCGUAAAGACAUUUGUAAAGAAUUCAACUGUCAUGGUCUGUUGUGUAAGUGUGUAUCUAGGCACUUUAUUAUAAACUGGAAUUUGACCUCAUAGAUGUUACGACUUGAUCAGUCAUUUGACCUAAUUUGUGGUAGCUGUCUGUAUGUUUUGCAAUCUUAAUACAGAUAAGCUUUCCCAAAAGAUCAAUAAAGAACCCUCCUGCUUGUUACGGAUAAGUCUUCCAGCUGUGGAAAAGGACGCCUGUGUUUCUCUGUGCUGUUGUUGUAGGUGGAGAAUAUGCACCGCUUCAAAGGGCUGCUUAUUAAAGUUACUGCUGUUAAAAAAUAAGAUUUGCAGGAGUUGGGACUGGCCUUCGGGUGGCCUUCGUGGAAGGCUUGAGGCUGCGAAGCGUUGAUCUGGGUUCUCUGGCGUUCUCUUAACGUUAAAAAGUUAACACUGGGACAUGGGUUUGAUCUUUUGUUGUACCUGAUGACAGUGCAGAGAUCCUCCACAGCUGGAUGAAAACGUCAGAAAGCUACUUACUGUACGUGGGCAGUAUCAGAUUUCAGAUCCUAGUAUUUCAGCUGUGCUUUUAAUACUCAAGAAUAUUAGGGGAUGGGGUGUUGAGGCUUUCCCUUUUUUGCUUUAAUGAUUUAUAGAACUUAACAGAUGUACUGUCUUUCAUGUGGCCUCACAGUUAAAGUUAUGAAAACGUACACAUACAUGGUUUACAACUUUUACUAUAUACCUUUCCUUGGCCACCAAGUAUUUUAAAAGUGUGCCACCUUUUAACCUUUACUUUUUUUAAGUUGAAGGUGAUACUUUUUCUAUAUAUGAUGAAACUCAUGUCAACUGAAGUGAGUGUAAUCUCAGAUAUCAACAUUAUUAUAUUUUAAAAUCACGCUAUGGAAAUAUCACCUGCAUUCUGUCAUUUGUCAGAUUUACAGUACCUUUUUUUCUUUAACUUUUAGCAUUAAAUAAAAAUAAAAUUGGGAGCACUGAA